UUUCAUUCUUACGUCUUUGUUAUUCAGUUUGUACAUUUAUUAGAUUCAGAAUGGACUUCUUAUAUCGUCGUUAUAUUACUUUAUGUAUAAUUUUAUUUUAAUAAUACUUGUUACGACUUUUUUUAUAUCAGUUACUUACAAGCUAUAUUACGUGGUAGGUAAGAUUUACGAUUAUUUCAUGUUAAUUAGUACAUGAGGAAAUUCUAUUGCUUUUUCAAUUGAUUCCAACUUGCCUUUGACCCCAACGAAUAAUAUAAAAUCGAUUUACUGUGGGUAAGAACUGGACGCUAUGACAACACGAACCACUAACAAAAUUAUACUCAAAACAAACAUAAAAUCAUAUCUAAGUAACAGAGAUUGCAAGUACAAAUAAUUAUCUUUUUUCGUAAGAAACAUUUACAGUUCAUGAGUCACUUGUAAAAAGACUCUUAUCGCGUCUGAAAUUCUGAUGAAUUCUAAACGCGAUAAUGAUUCUAUUUCUGCCAUUAAUUGAUAGUAAAUAUCGAAUCGAUAGAAAUAUCUAAUCUGUAAUCUUAAUUGAUCUGAAAAUUUUUAUCGUUCGCCAUUGAUUGGAUGCGCCGCGGCCGCGUUGCUUCGCGUCAUAAACUGUAGGUAGACUGCAGUUGAGCAGUACGUGAGUUUCUGCGCUGAAGCAUACAAAUAGAGCUGUGCGCUGUGCAUUCAGUUGCAUUCAGUAUUCAGCAUUCAGCCGUCAGUGGUGAAUGUUCAGCGGUUGACUAAACUUUGAACUAUACUGUGUUCGAAACGCGAUGCGUAUACAAAGAACAAAUUUUUUGUAAAACGGGGAUCGGCACGAGGUUGUCUCGAUCGAAUUCAACGGAACGAUGCUUGGUGCGAACAAAAAUCAUUGUACCGCUUUUCCGUAUAUCCAAAUAGUUAACCCCGAACGGACGAAAAUAAAUAAUUAUGUUACAAAAACUGCUUCGUUCCACUCGUUAUUUCCGCUGCCUCAUGGAUACUGUCAAGUAAUGGCGAAGAGAAAAUAAUUACGGAGCAACGAAGAUGUAUUUGCCACGGAGUGAUGCAUAAUAUUACUCGAGAAGCUAAUCGUAAAUAUCGCACCUUGCUCCAAAUAUUCGAACAAGAAUAGUGUCGUGAAAAGAGGAAGCAACGUAAGGAGCUCAAGAGAUUCAAGACUUUAUCCACUGGCUGUGAUUCGAAUUGAUUUGUCAGACGAUCGAACAUCGUAAUUAUGUUUUAAAAUAACGAAAGAGUGUUCACCUUUUAUUUUUAUUUGAUCAUACUGAAAACACGUGUUCAUACAUAUCCGAAUUCGGUUAAAGAUUAGAUAACGAAGACAUACAACACGGUAACGAGCCCAAAAAUCGUUAAUCCAAGAUGUUUGGUACGACGACACUGAAUACAGAGAUACGACGUGAGGCCAACGACGAAUGGCACGCAGUACAAAUCAGUCGUACCAUGCGAUUUCGAUCCACUGUGCACGGUCACCGUAAAAGGAUUAAUGCUGGAUCAUCCAAAUCACUUCCUUCUAAGUCCCCUUGCUGCCAUCAUGGACAAUUUGUUGCAUAUAAGCAGUUCUUGGACGUGGGUGACGCCAAAUUCGAUCAGCUACUUCCACAUUCUGGUAGCGGUGUUAGCCGGUAAAUGCGUUUCUAGCGAUUCUCUGUCUUACAGAAGAUUGGGCGUCAUAUUGUUUCAAGCAAGAACGUGGCUGGACGAUCUGGACGGUCAUGUGGCUAGAAAGAGGGCAAAUAUCGCUGGAGAAAGGUCGGACGUUGGCUCGAACGGUUACAUAGUCGACGGAGUCUGCGACGCUGUCGGUUGUCUUGCCCUGAUCAUCGGCCUAUAUCAAUUCCUUGUCCGUAACUCAAGCAGACGCGGAGGAUACGACAAGCUCCUUCAACUUCCGGUAUCCUCCUCGAUUGUAGAACCCGGGAAUGGAAUCCAGAAAAAUUCCAACAUAGCACUCCGAAAUAUACUGCUCAUAACCGUCCACUUGUUCCUUACCAGUGCUACCUGGAACCGAUACAUAUACCUGUAUCAAGAUCUUCUCGAGACUAACUACAGAACUCCAUCGAUUAGCAGGGAGCGUCUAUACGCCCGUCAGACCAUUAUCAUCAGAAGUCUCUCGUUUUGGAUAAUAGUCCUCUGCUGGAAAUUCGUCAAUUUCCACGCGAUGAUGGACUAUCUUCUUCUGGCGAUAUUCUUCGAUCGUAUGAGGGAAUACGUCAAAUUGGUGAGAUGGUCUUCGUACGUUAUCGUGUUGCUGCUCGUCUAUGUCACCGAGUUUCAUUUUCUACGGGCCUACACUUACGUGAGGGACGUAUCAUCAUUGAUAGAUGAACAGAUAUCCUCGACCGACGUUUUUACCCAGGGAUGACAGUGUAAAUCUUGGAAUAACUUCAUUUCAACGUCUAUUCGUCGCCGGUGAUAACAAGACAAAUCAUUCGAACUGAAAAAAUGUCGUGAUAAAGUCUUUUGUAUUUUCUAUUUUUCUGUAUUUUGUACGACGCAUCAGACUGACGGAAUUUCUGCGUCACCCAUUAAAUGAUAUAAACUAUAUUUGUUUUUCUAGUCAGGCUAGUUGUUAAAUAAUAUUGACAAUAUUAAUUGUUUAUUAAUAAUCAUUAUUUUUUGUGCAAUAUUAUAUUGCGCUCCCCUUAUAGCCCAUCUAUUCGUUUUCCACUUUGUCAUUCGCGGGAUUCAAGUUAUCAUCGCUUAUAUAGAUAGUGAACAUGGAUACAAUCAGCUAUGAUUUAAUAAAGUCGUAGCUGGUUUCACAUCAAUUUGUUUAACGCGUUGAAUGCCACGCUUAUUUUACAGGGAUUGUCCGUGGCGCCACGAUGAAUUUUCUAUUAUGCGAUACAUAUAAUGUUGAAAUAUUAUCUGCAAUAAACAAGAUAACAAUAUUUGACAUGUUAAUUGCGACGGGGUCACCGGUGACCCCCGUGGUGCUGGAGUGCGAUUUCGCGAAGUAUUGUCAUUUGUUUAAAUUAUAUAUAUUUUUAUCAAUCUGGGCGCGCCGGUCACCGGUAACCCCCGUGGCAUCCAACGUGUUAACCACGUUUUUAUAUCACGACUGAAUUGUUCGGUUCAAAAGAAGCGCUUCCAAUUUAAAGUCUCAUCUCAUUUUGUUUUGAACGGAAAAUAACUUUGAGAACAUCUCGUAAAGAAUAUAAGGCAUAUUUGUUUACGCUUAAAACAUGUUGACGAUGUAAUAAUUAUUGCCAAGAGCGUGACUGAAUUCUACGUAUUUUAUUAACGAUAAACAGCUGAAAUUCUUGCCUUUUACCUACGAUGUGAAUCCGGUUGUCGUAUUAACAGUAAAGCGUACUUAUAAGUCAUCUCUGUGUGAGAGAGAUUUAUUAAGAAAAGGACGGAAGAAGGAGGUUGUAACGAUGGUUGUAACGAGCUUUUCUCGAUUAUGUAUGAAAGUACUAUAUACGACGUGAAGAGAAUUAUCCACAUGUGUGACGUAAAUUCUUUCCAAAUGGAUUAUGCCCGAUAAGAUUAGAAACUGAUGGCUAGAGCGAAUGGGAAAGGAGAGCUCAACGUGGAGGCUUCGCACCAAACUUGAAAGACGAAUUAGUGCUGUUUAACACUGUACCUACUAAUAAAGUUUUGCGUAAAACGUAUCUACAUAUAUACGUAGCAUCGAAUCUAUUCCCCAUAUUCUAUCCUAAAACUUCAAUUGACUUGAUUGUUACCGUUAUCGCUUCCUUCAUCCCAUAUCAGCUUAAUAAAUCGAUAAGCUACACAA